UCCACUCAUCUCUAUUCUUGAAACUUCAAACCAAAACAAUGGCUACUUUUGGGUGCUACACUCUUACAACCAAAAUCACCAAAACACCCCAAGCAAUCCUCAACAAAAUGAAAGUAGCAUACAAGCUAAAACAAGGGCAAUCUCGUCUUUUUCACCAACUCCCAUCUGGGCUUAACAUGGAGGUUAUCUACCAAAAGGGUGUACAAACCAAAACCAAAACCCUAGAUGAAAAACAACAAGUACAACCUCCAUUAGUGUUUGUUCAUGGCAGCUUUCAUGCAGCUUGGUGUUGGUCUGAACAUUGGUUACCAUUCUUUUCUGAAAAUGGAUUUGAUUCCUACGCUGUUAGUUUGUUGGCUCAGGGUGAAAGUGAUGAUCCAGAUGGUUCAGUUGCAGGUUCUCUUCAGACACAUGCUGCAGAUAUUGCUGAUUUCAUCAAGAACCAAACCACAUUAUCACCAGUGUUGAUCGGACAUUCAUUCGGAGGGCUCAUCGUCCAGUACUACCUUGCAAAUCUUGAAAAAGAUUCAAGUGGAAAUCUUGCCGGAGCUGUGCUUAUUUGCUCUGUGCCGCCUACUGGGAAUAGUGGCUUAGUAUGGCGGUAUCUCUUUACAAAACCUGUUGCUGCUUAUAAGGUCACUAUGAGCUUAGCGGCAAAAGCUUUUCGGACAUCGUUACCCCUUUGCAAGGAAACAUUUUUCUCCCAGGACAUGGAUGAUAAUCUCGUCCUACGUUAUCAAGAAUUGAUGACAGAAAGUUCAAGACUGCCAUUGUUUGAUCUGAGAAAGCUUAAUGCGUCACUUCCGGUUGCAUCAGUGCCAAACCCGUCUACCCGAGUUCUGGUCAUGGGUGCAGCCGACGACUUUAUCGUGGAUGCAAAAGGGCUAGAGGAGACAGGGAGUUUCUAUGGUGUGCAACCAGUGUGUGUUGAAGGGGUUGCUCAUGACAUGAUGUUGGAUUCUUCGUGGGAAAAAGGCGCGCAAGUGAUGCUAUCAUGGAUACAAAAUUUAGAUAUAAAGAUUUAGCAUGAAACAGUCCUCGAGAAGCAUCAAUUCGUCUUUAUGAUCAAGCAACUCUAAAGCCCGGAAUUUGUAUGAUAAAAGAUGCUUGUUUGACACGAACUAGAGCGUAGACUAGAACCUUUUUGUGAAGAUUGCGGUUCGAUCUCAUAUAUAUAUAGGGUAAAACAAUAACAUCAUUGA